AUGUGAAGUAGUAAAAAGCACCAGAGCCUCUGGCAAAGGGAAAGACCCAAGUCAGAAAAUCUCUCUCAAGGGCCCUUUGUCUAGGGGUAUAUAGUGCCUGGAGAUUUACAUUUUGGCUAGGAUUUGGUAGGUAAAAAAAUAUCCUUUCAAAGUUGAAAGUAGUUCCUCCCCUGGGACAAAGUCACUAGGUCCCUAGAGUUCCUGUCUCAGAGAAGGGAUUGGGGUGCGUGUUCCCCAUUCAAGGUGGAACCACCCAAAAAACCGUCUCAGGCUGCUUUGUUCAUGAUCUUGUUAAAGCCCAGAGGGUGUGGUCUGGAAAAUGCAGCCUGUUUAUGCCUGGAAAUGGGGGUUUGAUUUCUGAGUUCACCUGGGCCUAAAGAAUGGGGGAGACCUGUCCAGACCUGAGUGAUGGAAUCCUGCAUCAUGAUGAUACUUGAAUAGGCAUUGGAAAUACCCGACCAAUACCUACCUAUCUCUCUAACGUGUGUGGUUGAAAUUAUAUAUCUUCAGAGAUUCAUUUCCCGUGUCUUCAAAGAAUUGCCAUCUUAAAUUUUGCUAAAUAAACUUUUGGAUUGGCUUGCUAGAUUUUAAGUUUAAAUAAAAAUAUCCUAGCAAAGGAAACCAUUAUAUCUUGUCCAGGAAAAUUUUGGGAAGAGACAAACGUUUAAGAGGGUAAGUAGGAAUGCAUUGAGUCUUGGGUUCUGGAUAGGAUGGCCUGGCACUUCUUUAUCAAGGCCACCUCCUAGAAAAUUAUAUAACAAUAUGACAGUGGCCUGUUACCCUAUCUAGAAGCAACUGAAAUUUUAGAUGAAAUUGGACGGAUGGAAGCAUACAUUUUAAGGGGCAAGGAGCUCUGCCUUGUAUCACCAAAAUCAUGUAGGAAUUACAUUGUCAAUUUCUGUUAUAAGAAAGGGUAAUAAAAAUAGAAACAUGGCAAGUAGCAGACUCUUAGUUUUUGACAUUCAUUUGGAUGGAGAGUAUUAACUGUAUUAAGUAUAACGUUGAUUUAAUCAAUAUGUUGGUUCACAAGAUGAAUCCAUUAAACUUCAGCUCCAGGGUUUGGGAAAACCCUUUUGAAGGAGAUCUGUCAGUGCAAGGUGGAUUAUUCCAGACCAGGGCAAGGAACAAAUCUAGAAAAUUUGCAUUUUUAAAAGGUUGCCAGACUGAGUCUGAAACAGGACAGGUUUCAGGUAGAACAGCAGGAUUAUUCGGUAAAUAAUCCUACCACCACCUCUGAGUAAGGGCUCAGUGGUAGGGCUGAGUCUAAGUGGGAAGAGUUGAGAGAGAAUGUUGGCAAUAAGGCCAGAAAGACAAUUUUGGGAGAUGCUCUAACUCCAAAUCAUCUCUUUGAGGCAAUUGAAACCUAAAAUCAUUAGCUAAAUGCUUUGCCCAAGGAGGAUACACAAAAUAAUGCUACCAAUCAUGUUACCUGGGAUUGAGCACCAGGUCUCCUGUGUUGUUUCCACUAUACAGGGUGCCUAGGUAGCAGCUAAACCUUGAAGCGUUUAAAUAUUUGUAAGAUGAAAUUUUUGAUAGGCAUCUGUCCGUAGUCAACUAUGACUACCAGGCCACUUCUAAGUCUGGCUGAUGCUGGACCUCAACAGAAAAACGUUGGGCAUUCCCUCUCUACAACGAUUUACUAACACACGAGAUAAUUAUACGUCUUUAACAGGUCUGUAAGGGCUACGUAAAGUCGCUUUCCUAUUCCCUAGCACUCCGCAAAAAACUAGGCGAUGUCAUCACCUGUCAAUUACGGGAGGGCUACGCGCCCGGGACCACACCCUCCGCAGCCGAAGCCCCGCCCCUCAACCCAUUCUCUCCCUUCCUUUUUUCCGGAGCGUCGUAACGUAAGACGUAGGUCACACACUCUGAGCAAGUGGUCCCGGAAGCAAAAGGCAGACGGGCUGAGAAGAAGGCGGAAGGGAGGGUCUGGGUCGGCCGGCAGGGGGCGGGGCCGGGCAUGGUAACGGCUCGAAACCCGCGGGGGUUGGGCCGGAGGGAGGCAGAGGAACCGGUACCUGCCGCCGCCGCCGCUGCUACCGCAGCUGUCGCUCUACCCUGGUCCGUGUGGCCCUCGUGGGCCCCGCCUCAGCCAUGAUGAUCCACGGCUUUCAGAGCAGCCACCAGGACUUCUCCUUCGGGCCGUGGAAGCUGACGGCGUCCAAGACCCACAUCAUGAAGUCAGCGGAUGUGGAGAAGUUAGCUGAUGAAUUGCAUAUGCCAUCUCUUCCUGAAAUGAUGUUUGGAGACAAUGUUUUAAGAAUUCAGCAUGGCUCUGGCUUUGGGAUUGAGUUCAAUGCUACAGAUGCAUUAAGAUGCGUAAACAACUAUCAAGGAAUGCUUAAAGUAGCCUGUGCUGAAGAAUGGCAGGAAAGCAGGACGGAGGGUGAACACUCCAAGGAGGUUAUUAAACCCUAUGAUUGGACCUAUACAACAGAUUAUAAGGGAACAUUACUUGGAGAAUCUCUAAAGUUAAAGGUUGUACCUACAACAGAUCAUAUAGAUACAGAGAAAUUGAAAGCCAGGGAACAGAUUAAGUUUUUUGAAGAAGUUCUUCUGUUUGAGGAUGAACUUCAUGAUCAUGGAGUUUCAAGCCUGAGUGUGAAAAUUAGAGUAAUGCCUUCUAGUUUUUUCCUGCUGUUGCGGUUUUUCUUGAGAAUUGAUGGAGUACUUAUCAGAAUGAAUGACACGAGACUUUACCAUGAGGCUGACAAGACCUACAUGUUACGAGAAUAUACAUCACGAGAGAGCAAAAUUUCUAACUUAAUGCACGUUCCACCUUCUCUGUUCACGGAACCUAAUGAAAUAUCACAGUAUUUACCAAUAAAGGAAGCAGUUUGUGAGAAGCUAAUAUUUCCAGAAAAAAUUAUUCCUAACCCAGAAGACUCAAAACAAAGUACACCUGUGGAAUAGAAUGCGAUACAACAUAUGCACUCUGUGGAACUGACCGGACACCUUGGCUAUGUGUAGGGGGGUAUUUUUAUGAGAAUUAAUUGCCUUGUUUAUGUGCAGAUAUCUGUAGCCUUAAAGGAAAAAAUAAUAAAGGCUUGUCACAGGCAGGUUCCACCUAACUGCUGUUCGUACUGUCUUCAAAUUCAUAUUCCAGAGUUUUAUUUUCUGGAGUUAAAUUUGAAUUUCUAAAUUAUCACAAAGUGGUAUCUCAGCAGUAGUGAUGUGUAUGUGUCUCAUGGGUAGUGAGCACAGUCCACACCCUUCCUGAAGCACUGUCUUCUAACAUGAGAAGGUUAAUUUAAAUCACCGAAUCCCAACGUCUUUUCACUUUCACAGGAUUCCUGAUCAUGCAUGUUGAUGUACUGGCUUUUCAUUUUGGCCUGUCUGAUGUUUUAUGUACUUCUAAAGAGUUGUAACUUGCUACCCAGGAAAUUAAUCUCAUAGUUUAAUGAUCUUUACCCACAAAAUUAAAAAAUAUAUAUUCCCUCUAAUUUUAAAUUGACUUUGAAAUUUAAAGGCAGUUUUAAACAUAGAACCACAAUGACAAACACCUAGUUUUUUGGAGAACUUAAGCUAUUAUAUUUGGAAACAUGAACAUGGUUUACUGCUGACAGAAUGUCAGGGCUAUUUUCCUCCAUCUUUAGGUGCUUUUUCUUAUUGGUAGUUCUACUUGUACUGACAUUUUAAACUUUCAUUUUCCAUACAGCCUUAGAGUGAAUAAACCCCUUGAAUUCGAUACUGAUACUGAAAGGUAUGAAGGGUUUAUUACCAAUUGUAUUUUGCAAUACAAUGUCAACUCCUAAAGCAACAAGAUUCAUUUCUUCUUAAAAUACUUAGGGGAUAGGUGUGGAGGAGAGGACACAGUUUAAAAUGUAAAAGCCAAUUUUUCUAUUUUAAGAUUAUUCAUUUUUGUAGCAUUAUAGGGAUCCAGUAAAAUAUACUUGGUCUAAGAUCUAGGUAUACAGAAAAUACGCAAAAGUAAAUUUCAAAUUCAUUUGGUUAUUGUGAUGAUGACUCUUUAAACAUUUUUAAAUUAUUUUCUGCCCUUCUAAAUGCUCUUCAUAGAGUGGGAAAUUAUUAUAAAGCACCAAAUGAGGAAUAAUUUGAAAUAGAUUUUUAAAAAUCAUUUUUUGAUGAGCACACAGGAAAAAACCCUUUUGUUCUGACUUUGAAUAACUGUUGUACAUAAUUUCCUUGAUAGAUAAAUCAUUAAAUAAGAGUACUUAAUUGAAAGUAUUAGCAAUGCUUUCUAGGUAUCAGCCUGAAGAGAAAUUUUAGUAAAGCAAAUACCCUUAGAUAUUCAUCAUUGCUCAAACUCUGUUAUAUUGUGAGCCAAUAGGCAAGUAUUUUAUUAUCUAAAUUUGGUCACAAAUAGUUUUCGUAUUUGCCUUUGGUAUUUGCCUACAUCUUCAAGGUAUAGGAAAUCAGGAAUUUGUUACUUUAAGAGAACACACGGUAUGUUCACUAUAUAUUAAAUAUAACUGUAUUUAAUGCUUUCUCUUAGGACAGAAAAGUAUAUAUAUACACACAUACACACACACGUUGUACUUAGCUUUCUAUUUUAUUUGCCAUGCAGAUUUGAACAGAACAGACUCUGUUCGUGCAAAUUAUAAGAAAUGAAAAACUUUGUAAGAAUAUUCAUGAGUUGGAAUUUCUGGCCAACAUCAUAUUUGUGUGUGUGCGUGCAACAAGUUUUUUAAAACUUGUUGAUUCAGAUGUCCUGUCUCUGAGUAGUCCUAGAUUGUUUGAUAAUCUGUUAUUAAAAAUUAUAGGGAAUUAAAAGAAUUGACCUCUUUUUUUCCUUUUAGAGGGAGGGAGGUGGAUAGGAUGAGUGUGCUUCUUACAGUUUUAUUAAUUUCUGUGGAGAAUACAAGAAAAUGUGUAUAUGCCCAUUGCUAAAUAUGACAUAUGCUGUUUUAUAUUUAUUUGUCCCAAGUGUCUUUUUGUAAGAGGAGAAUAAACAAUAAGUAAUUACUGAUCAA